AUGAGCGACAUUCUCAGCGAGAAGGUGUCCUCUGACGCGAGCAGCGAUGCUACCACCUUUUCGCAGCGGUUCCAAGACCAAUUGGAAGCAAUCCUCAAGAAGCUGAGAAAAGAUCCGAGCACCAUCACAGCCGAGGAAGCCCGUAUUCUAUCUGAGAACGUCGCUACACGUGACGACAGAGCGGUCCGCAUUAUCUCUGCCGUCGAAUCCCUAGCUAUUGCUAACAAGAAGGGAUCCAGUGAAGCUCAGGCUCCUCAUCGUUCCCUGCUGAUGGCCGCCAAGGACCUGCAUAUCGCUGUAGAUGGCAGCCCUGACGAGGCGACCACCGAGGUUCUUCGUGUUGCCCAGAGCAUCGUUAGCAAACUGCAAAAGGCCGUCGGCCAUACCAAUGCUCCUCACCCUGAAGUCGAAGCCGAGCUCCAGGAGGAAAUCGCUAAGAUCGAACCCAAGAUUGCGCAAGGCACUGUCACCAAGGCUGAAGCCGAUCAUCUCCAUUCUCUCGAAGCCCGCGCCCACGGUCAUACCGAGAAGGGCGGCAUGGCCGCUGUCGCUCAGUCUGUUGCAGCCAGACGUGAGCGUCAACUAUCACUGAGCAGCAGCACUGGAUCUAUCUUGAGUCCUGCCAACGGAAGAUCUCGUGCCAACAGUAGGAACUUCACAUCACCUCAGCAACGGUCUCGUCAAGAGAAGGAAGAUGACCUCCACAACGCGGAGAUGACUAUGAAGCCUACGAUCGAGGCGGACACUGCCGCCGCAUCAGGGAUGGAUAAUCCACAGUCUCUCGACGCUCGUGCUAACGGUGGCACUGAGGAGAAUAUAUGCUUGGGGCUCUAUGAGUCCCACGCCAACAACGGAAGUGCUCGCGCCAGCGAUGAGCGUCCCCGCGCCAGUAGCGAGGGUAUCUACUCCCGUGACACACUGUCUGGCUCCAAACAUCACGGCGAUCUACACGACGGCAAUUCUGCUGUCUCGCCAAAGGCAGAGAACGGCUUCUCUACUCAACCAAACCCCAAAACGGUCCAGUCGCAAGAGAUGCCGGCCCACGGCCACUCCGAGAAGAGCGGACUUAGCCCCACUGCGCAGUCCUUCGUUUCCCGUAGACAAGAGUCUCUCAGUGAUGUUUCCAACUCCUCCGCGACUAAGCACCGCAAAGAGCAGUCACAGCCCGACAAGGACCUUGACAAGGUUGAUGAGGAGCUUGAGGAUAACGGGCACGAAACCCACAUGAAGAGGCUCGUGCAGGACGGUCAUGGACGAGUGGACGAGAACGGAAAGUUGCUGGCUCAGCCAAGCUAUGACACGGACGAUCGAUGA